AUUAGAAUAUUCCUUGCCUAUAAAUAAGUGCUUCUCCCUCUCAUAUUUCUUUUCUAUUAACACCUCUGGCUAUCAAUACUAACCUUCUCCUGCCUAUAAUUCAUUAAUCCUCUUAAACCCUUUUCCCAUGGAUGGUCACUCCUCUUGCAAAGCUAAGGCGGAAGCUCUCCAAGAUGAGUUGGAACGUACCCGGAAAGAGAAUGAAACCCUUAGGGUUAUGCUUGAAGUUAUGAGCAGUAAGCUCAGUGACCUUCAAGCACAUGUUCAAGAAAAGAAAUUUAAGGUUCAAGAAAUUGGUAGCUGCUCACCACUUAGUGGUGCUUCAUACUACUAUCAUGAGGUCUAUGACCCGAUCAAGAAACCGAGGAUUGAGAUUCCCAUGGCAAAGCCUUCACAAAUCUUUGUCAGAACCGACUCCGAAGACAAGAGCCUGAUUGUAAAAGAUGGAUAUCAAUGGAGAAAGUAUGGCCAGAAGGUUACUAAAGAUAAUCCAUCACCUAGAGCUUACUACAGGUGUUCCAUGGCUCCAGGUUGCCCAGUCAAAAAGAAGGUUCAAAGAUGCGCGGAGGAUAAAUCAUUACUGGUUGCAACUUAUGAAGGAGAACACAGCCAUGAUCCCAACGGUUCACCUGGACACACCAUGUACUCUCCAGAUAGCUCGAGAAGUUGCAUUUCUUGUCCAGUCACAAGCAAUCAUUUUCAACCAGGUUUAGCCCUUGAUCUUAACCUCUCAAGCCCCAUAGAUGACAAGGAAAAACCUUCUCAAAGUUUUAUGGAAGAUCACACCAACAAAAACUGCAACUCUAAGGUUGAAGAGUACGUUGCAUCCCUGACUAAAGAUCCCAGCUUCACCGUUGCUUUGGCAAAUGCUGUAGCUCGCUCUUUAUCUACACCAAGAGUGCUGUGAAGGUCUCCUCUUUAAAUGUAAUGGGAAUUUGAUAAUUAAUUAGUUUUUUGGUAGUUAUUUUUUCUCUUAAUUUGAUUGCUUAUGCUUCUACUGUACAUGAGUCAUGAAUCAGUUCUUCCAGGAUGGAUUUAAUAGUUUAAAAAAAUGGCUAAAAGUUACCGCAUAAUAAGAAUUAUAAAAUGAUUGGCUUAA